CAGUGUUUCUGCCAUCUUUGUACAAAGGACAAUUUUACUUGUGUCACAGAUGGGCUUUGCUUUGUCUCUGUCACAGAGACCACAGACAAAGUAAUACACAAUAGCAUGUGUAUAGCUGAAAUUGAUCUGAUUCCUCGAGACAGGCCCUUUGUAUGUGCACCAUCUUCAAAAACUGGGUCUGUAACAUAUUGCUGCAAUCAGGACCACUGCAAUAAAAUAGAACUCCCACCUGUUGGAAAGCCACCAUCUGGUCUUGGUCCUGUGGAACUGGCUGCCGUCAUUGCUGGGCCAGUCUGCUUCGUCUGCAUCUCCCUAAUGUUGAUGGUCUAUAUCUGCCAUAACCGUACUGUCAUUCACCAUCGCGUGCCCAACGAAGAGGAUCCUUCACUAGAUCGUCCUUUUAUUUCAGAGGGCACUACGUUAAAAGAUUUAAUUUAUGACAUGACAACAUCAGGGUCUGGGUCAGGCUUACCAUUGCUUGUUCAGAGAACAAUUGCAAGAACUAUCGUGUUACAAGAAAGCAUUGGCAAAGGUCGAUUUGGAGAGGUUUGGAGAGGAAAGUGGAGAGGAGAAGAAGUUGCUGUUAAAAUAUUUUCCUCUAGAGAAGAACGUUCAUGGUUCCGGGAGGCAGAGAUUUACCAAACUGUAAUGUUACGCCAUGAAAACAUCUUGGGAUUUAUAGCUGCAGACAAUAAAGACAAUGGUACAUGGACUCAGCUUUGGUUGGUGUCAGAUUAUCAUGAGCAUGGAUCUCUUUUUGAUUAUUUGAACAGAUACACAGUUACUGUGGAAGGAAUGAUAAAACUCGCUCUGUCCACAGCAAGUGGACUGGCCCAUCUUCACAUGGAGAUUGUUGGUACCCAAGGAAAGCCAGCCAUUGCUCAUAGAGAUUUGAAAUCAAAGAAUAUCUUGGUAAAGAAGAAUGGAACUUGCUGUAUUGCAGACUUGGGACUGGCAGUAAGACAUGAUUCAGCCACAGAUACAAUUGAUAUUGCUCCAAACCACAGAGUGGGAACAAAAAGGUACAUGGCCCCUGAAGUUCUAGAUGAUUCCAUAAAUAUGAAACACUUUGAGUCCUUCAAACGUGCCGACAUCUACGCAAUGGGCUUAGUGUUCUGGGAAAUAGCUCGACGAUGUUCCAUUGGUGGAAUUCAUGAAGAUUACCAGCUGCCUUAUUAUGAUCUUGUACCUUCUGACCCAUCCGUUGAAGAAAUGAGAAAAGUUGUUUGUGAACAGAAGUUAAGGCCUAAUAUUCCAAACAGAUGGCAGAGUUGUGAAGCCUUAAGAGUAAUGGCUAAAAUUAUGAGAGAAUGUUGGUAUGCCAAUGGAGCUGCUAGACUCACAGCUUUGCGGAUUAAGAAAACAUUGUCUCAACUCAGUCAACAGGAAGGCAUCAAAAUGUAGUUCUAUGGCUUUGCCUGGACUCUUUUCUUCAGAUCUGCUCCUGGGUUUUAAUUUGGGAGGUCAUUUGUUCUACCUCACUAGAGGGAAUAGAAGGAUAUUGCUUCCUUUUGCAACAGUGUAAUAAGGUCAAUUAAGAACUUCCCAGGAUUUUUUGGACCCAGGAAACAGCCUUGUGGGUCCUUUCUCUGCACUAUGAAUGCUUCUUUCCCAGGACAGUUACAAAAUGUUGUGUAGUCUACCUUUAUUUUUAUUAACACAGAACUUGUUUUAUUUUAAAAGAUGAUUGCUAGUCUUAACUGUAGGUAACUGCUGUGUUAAAGAUCAUCUUUAAAGGUAAAGGAGCCAGAUUGCUGAGUUAAAAGAAACAUUUCUUUUUUUAAAGAAAAUAAUUUUACUUGGUUAGUACAUUCUCAGAGGAUUCUGAACCACUAACAAAUUUCCUUGAUUCAGACUUUGAAUGUACUAUUCUAUGAUUUUCAGGAUCUUAAAAAUAACACUUACAAAACUCUUUGAGUCUAAAGAUGACCUCAUGUAAUAGUGAGGAACAUAAUUUAUGCAAUUGCAUUUUGUAUACUAUUAUUGUUCUUUCACAUUCAGAACAUACAUGCCUUCAAAAUGGGAUUGUACUAUACCAGUAAGUGCCACUUCUGUGUCUUUCUUACAGAAAUGAGUAGAAUUUGCUUAAAUCCUCUCUGUUAAAACCUGUAGUGUUUUAAUUCAAAAGUUUAUUUUUCUGGGUAGUCCAGACUUUCUGUGGUUUGUUUUUUGGAAGGGUUUUUGUGGUAUGUAAGUUGAUUAUCCAUUUUGAAAAUGCCUUUUUCCUACCAAAAUGUGCUUAAACCACUAAAGAAAUGAAGUGGCAUUCAUUGGGUAAAUUGUUAUCACAGUCUUGUUUGAAUAUUCUCACAUCAAGCUUUGGCAUUUUAAUUGUGUCGUAGAAGUAUACUUAAAAUCAAGUGGCACUCUAGAUGCUUACAAUACUUUAAUAAUUUAAAAUGUGUAGAGAUGGACUAAUUUUUCUAAAAGAAAAUUUGCCUAGCUGCUUGUGAAAAGCUGUGUGGCAUUCUGUAAGCCAAUUUUUCAUUAUCUGAUCAAAGACAGUGUUAUUUUUUUAAAAAAUAAGUUUAAAAUUUGAAUAUGGUUAACUAAUCGGCCUUUUCUAGGAAAGUAAAGGUAGUUAAUAAUUUGAAUAGGUAGCAGAUGUGCAGGAGAGUCACAUUUGUUAUGUGCAUUGUUCAGUGGGUCUCCUCUUUGCAACAAAGGUUAGAGUUAGUCUGGGUUUGAGGUCUUACUACACUUUGAGGAUGGCAGCUUUUUAAAUUCAGUCUCCUGUGUGCAAAUAUUGCAGUUGUUUUAUUUAUAUGUUUAUGUAAUAAGUUCAGUACACCUUUCAAUUUUGGGAGCGUGGUAGCUAAAGAAUAUUCUGAUUGUAGAUUCUCCAUUUACAGAUGUUUCUGGUCAAAUUAAAUAUUUAAAGCAAACUGUUCGAUCUUCACAUGCUAAGUUGAAACUAGCUUUUAACAACUGGUUUUUACUGCUAGUGCUAGAAGUCUUUGCUGGGUUUUUGUAAUUUUCAAAGGCCUCUUUAUCACUGUGAUCUUAAUCUAAGGGGGUCAAAAAAAAAAGUUGCCAUAGCUAUGAGGCGAGACAUUGACUUUAUAGUGCUAUCGAUUUCCUGAUGAAAGGGUCACAAUAAUGUAUUAUUUUGGUGACUAAGCAAGAGCAACCAAUCUAUUCUGACAGAGUGCAUUCUCAUAAUGUCUUCUCUCUUAAAAAUAGAAUAAAUUUGAAAGACUGUUUGGUCUUAAAGCCAAAGUAAUUUUGGGAUGAAUGACUACAUGCUACAUAGGAACUUAGUGUCAGUUUCAUGUAUUUUUAAAACAACGUGGGGAAGAUGUGCUUUAAGGUCGACACUUUGGUUACAAAUUCAAGUUUUUUUUCUGUAGUUAACCAUGAUUUUCAUAAAAAUGAAUGAAUUUGAGAAUUGGUUUGAUAACUGUAUAGUAAGUUCUAGCUCGGCGAUUAGAUACAUUAUUUUUAAUUUUUUGGCCAUCUCUAAGCUUGCCCUGUCUGCUUUAUGAAAUUCAGAGGACCAACUCACCUAUCACUAAAGCUAUUUUUGUAUUAUUUUAAGAACAUACUGAAAGUUUUUGUUUGAUUUAAAGUUGUGAUACAUGAUUUUUCAUGUUCAUGUAAGGUAAACAACUUUUGCUAAAGAUACUCUUUACUCAAAGAUUGAAUAAGAAUUAUGCUGUAAAUGUACAUUGGAUGAGUCAGGGAAUAUUUCAAAAGUUGGGAUUUAGUUCUAAAUUGGGCUUACCUAUCACAGCAGCUAAUUCCUUUUGUUGGCUAGUGACCGUCUGAUAAACCCCAAUUGGCUAGUCCUAAAAGUGAGAGUAACUUAAAAAAUGAAAUCUUGACUACUGCAGCCAUAAGUGCAGAUACUUUCGACUAGAUUUUGUCUUUAAGGAACAUAGUGCUUUGUUUAUACUGCCCAUUUUCAUUUGCUCAUCUGCCAAGACUCAACACUGCAGGAAAAAUUACUCGUGCAUAUCCAUUUUGUCCCCGACUUGGUGGAGUGGAGAUAGGGAGGUUGUGCUCUAGUGUAGACAUCUUGAGCCCUUCUUCACAUCUUCAGUUCAUUUCUCCCACCCAGCCUUCCUGUUGGUUUCUCGGAGAUCAUGCCUUGCCAUCACCCUUCUCCACUCUACCCAACGACUUUUUGACUGAAAAGCUGCUUUUGUUAUCUAGAUAGAAAGGUUUCAUGGAAGUUGCGGUCCUACUGUCAUUUCCUGAGCCAUUGGAGAUGGCGGGGAGGAUCUCCGAGUCUGGAGAGCCAUCACUCCGCACUGGUGGAUGCCCUAUGGCUUUGACUUCAGCCACGGAGUGGCACGGCUGCAUGGGGCAGCUAUGACAGUGGGAGUUGUGCCAGAAGCAGCGGCCAUUUGGAUCCCUGGUAGGACUGGGGGCUGCCCACAAGCUGAGCCUGUAAUUCUGCUGUAAUGAUAGUGCUCAAGAAGUGCCUUGAGUCAGUGUACAGUACCAUGGCCACUGAGAAUUCACAGUUUCAGUUCUUAGUACAAAACUUAAGUUAUCUCAGCCAUUUUUGUGGUUCAUGCAUGAAUUACCCUUUUUCUCUAUAGUUGAAAGCUGUCAUAUAUAGAAUAUUUUAUAAACCAAGAUGGUAAAGUACUAGUUCAAGUGCACAACAAAACCAGCGUCUUAAUAGACACAUCAUGUCAGGAGUUUAUUUUCACUCUUACACUGAAAGAGUGAUUGUAAGUCAAAUACUCCCUUUGUUUCUUGACUGUGGCAGUGUUCGACUGCAAGUGGUGGAGAGUCCAAAUAAUGGCUCUGUUACAGCUUGGUGUAAAUGCCAAUUUUGAUCUCUUUGAGAUCCUAAACAAUAGCUCUGGACAUGUACUACAGCUUCUUGUGUCUGCUCUGGAAUGCAGGGACACCCAUGGGACCUCUUUCUAGGAAUGCUGGACUUCUAGGACAUUCUGAGGAUUGUCAGUACAUUGAAAAUUUUCAAUCCCAUUAUGCAGUUUUGUGGGUAUAACCUUUAAAAAAUGAAGUCAAUAAUUUUCAACCUGUUUCUUACAGCUUAAAAAGAACUUAAGAGAAUUUGUUUUUAUUUUUGACAGGCUUCGUUAAGAAUGUCAUGAACCAUGUUUUGAUAUCCCUUUCUCACAUUGUGCCAAUAGAAUGGGGUGUUUGAUGUUUCUUUAUAUGUCAAGGAGAUGCUUCAAAAUUGCUUUAAACUUAAAUUACCUCUCAAGAGACCAAGGUACAUUUACCUCAUUGUAUAUAAUGUUUAAUACUUGUCAGAGCAGUCUCCAGGUUUGCAGUUUUAUUUCUAUAAAGUGUGAGUAUUAUGUUGCUAAAUUACUCAAAUGGUACUGUAUUGUUUAUAUUUGUACCCCCCAAAAUCAUGACCUAUACUUUCUGUUUUCUGUAUUUUAUUGUUCUUGUGCAAAAUUCUUUUGACUUUAUCAAUCUCUGCCUUUUCAGAUGUGUACAGAAAAUGUCCAUAUAAAUUUCAUUUAAGUUGAAUGAUUCUGAGAAACCUGUAAAGAGGAGAGAAAAACGAAAUCUCAGUUCCCCACAAGCUUUUAAAAAUUGUACAUUGUUAACUUGUAGUAAUAUUAUGAAUGAACUGUAAAUAGGAAGUAGAACAGCAAUGCUUAUGUCAAGUCCUAACACUACAGUAGAAACAUGGAAACAAGCAAAUAAAUUACUUUUUC